AUUUAAGCUCGAUAUCACCACCUUCCUGACUUCAAGCUCACAUCAGCCCUUUGACUCAAUGGAUCGGUGAUACGCAUUCUUUCUCACUUCUGUGACAACCCUACCCAACCUCGUCACUCACUCUCCACACACGCACUCGCGCCAGUGACUUAUCGCGCCCGCCGCGAUCCCAUCUGAAGGCUCAAAUAAUAACUCCGGGGCCGACACAUCGGACUCGACACAGCAGCUCAAUGGCACGAACGAAACAACGCACGCCGAUGCGCCGUGAGCCCUCGGAAACGUUCAAUCACGUCAAUGGCAACGGCACGGCGCAUCGGCGGAAUAGCUUCACGCAGACGCUAGGAAUGGAGGUAGAAAGGGUGGCAGAGUUGGCAGCAAGGGAGAAGCAUGAGCAGAAGCAGGCGGGGCUGCUCGCGCUAGCCAUCUGUGUUGGGGGGAUUUAUGCGAGCUUUCUGUCCUGGGCCUACCUCCAAGAGCGCAUAACAACUACCUCUUACGGGCCUGACCGCUCGCGCUUCACGUAUUCCAUAUUCCUCAACACUAUCCAGUCCGCCUUCGCUGCUCUCACUGGCUUUGUUUACCUCUACAUCUCCGCGCCUCGGGAUCCCAUGACCUCCGCUCGGCGCAUACCUUCCAUAUUCCCUUCCCAAUCAAUCCUCUUCCCGCUGCUCUUGAUCUCCGUCACAACCUCGCUGGCAAGUCCGUUCGGAUACGCCAGUCUAAAGCACCUCGACUAUGUCACUUUUAUCCUCGCCAAAAGCUGUAAAUUGCUUCCCGUCAUGUUCCUCCACAUAUCCCUCUUCCGAAAGCGGUAUCCAAUAUACAAGUACAUGGUCAUUGGCUGCGUGACAUUGGGUGUCGCCAUCUUCACCCUCCACCACCCCUCCACGGCCAAGAAAGCCGCAAAGAAAGCUGGGUCGAUGAACGGCGAUGUUUCCAAAGCGCUAGGCUUAUUCCUCCUGGGCGUGAACUUGCUUUUCGAUGGCUUGACAAACACCGUACAAGACCACAUCUUCGGAACUUUCAAAGGCUUCACCGGCCCGCAAAUGAUGUGCGCGCAAAACCUUAUGAGCACCGCCCUCACAGUCUCCUACCUCAUCCUCUCACCAUACAUCUCGCACACACCCCUCGGUGAAUGGCUCGGCAUCAACGGCGGUGGCGGCGGCGAGCUGAAAGAAGCCCUCAACUUUGUGACUACGUACCCAGCUGUCGGGUGGAAUGUUCUUGGUUUCGCAGCUUGUGGGGCGGUGGGCCAAGUGUUUAUUUUUCACACGUUGGCGCAUUUUUCGAGUUUGCUGUUGGUGACGGUGACAGUGACCAGGAAGAUGCUGACCAUGUUGAUGAGUGUGGUGUUGUUUGGACAUCAGGUUACGAGAAUGCAGUGGUUGGGUGUGAGCUUGGUGUUUGGGGGGAUUGGGGCGGAGGCAUGGUAUACGAGGGCGGAGAAGAAGGCGAAGGAGAAAGCGAAGAAGGAGGGCGCUAAGAAGAGGCAGUGAGGAGGGGAUGUGGAAAGGGGGGCUUGCUUGUGGGCUUUCGGGCCGAGGAAAGAGGGUGUAUACAUUAGGGGGCUUAGAGGUUAUAUCUUAGAUUUGAUUUAGCUGAG